AUGAAGUUGAGUGACGAGAUAGAUGUUUUAGGCUAUAGUUGUGUUAAUUAAACAGCUAUAAACUUAUUAGCUUUCACCUCAGUUACUCCCUCAUUAAUUGCAACAACCAGCUCUAUUAUGACAAUCAAUCCAACAGAUGUGAGUUCAAGUGAAACUUUAAAUUAAAUCACAUCUUUUUCAAUGGUUGCAUCUACUGGUACUGCUGCUUCAAGAUAUACAUUAUAGGACAUUAGCACAACUGCAUACUGUUAGAUUCCUUACAGUGCUAGCCCAAGCACAAUGGCCUAUGAUACUAACACAGAUACCCCUAACUCGAAAAGUUAUGGACCAUUCACAGUUAAAGAUUGUAGAGGAUAGACCUAUGCUAUUACUUCAGUAACAUUACCUAAUGGAGCCAGCUUACCAUCAGGUAUAAUAACUUAUGACAGUACAGCAAAGACUAUUUCAGUUAAGAUUACAACUGCUGAAUUUCUAGCUUAUGUGGGAACAAGAAAUAUCAUGAUAACUGCAACUUUAAACGGGCAAACUUUAUAACCACUUGUUUAACUUACAGUCUAGCCUAAGUCAGAUUUAUUGAGAGAUCCAACAACUACUUUCAAUCACGAUACAAGUUAAUGUGAUGAUAAGAUAUAUCCUUUAAUUUAUGGCUAAUCGGCACAAUACUCACUUAAUCAUAUCACUGUUGACUCCAAAGAUAAUUUAUUACUUACUGGGACAGCUAUAAUUAAGCCGUAGGGGUAAAAUGAUGGUACUAGAAGAGGAUUUGUCUAAUUGCAAGAUCAGAGAGCAGCAACUUAUUGGAUUUUUGGAAUUGAGUCAUUAGCCUACUCCGGAAAUAUUGCAUAAUGCUCAUUUUCAUAAUUAUCUGGUGGAUUCGUAUACACAGGCUGCAUGGCGAAGCAUCCUGUGUUUCAUGACUUGACUUACACUCCUUUACUUGUUAAACUUGAUUAUAAAACAGGAAAAGGCAUUUACUUGAAAUCAUUACCUAUGGAUAGAACUAAUCCAACACUCUAAAAUAUUCUAGGAAUAAUAGUUCCAGCAACUGAUAAAGUUCUUGUUAUUUAUGAAUAUCAAUUAGGAGCUACAAAGUCGUUUGCUGCACUAAAAAUAUCAGAAACUGAUUUUAAAGUAGACUAUUUUAAAUUCUAUCCUAAUACAGUAGCAAAUUCGAUUCAGAUGAUAUUAACUGAUUCCCUUAAUAGCGCUUUUUUCUCAAUUGAAAUGAAAACAACAAGAGCAUUAUUGGUUAGAAGAAUAGAUAUCACAACUCAAUUAAUCACAAAAUAGGCUUAGUUAAAUCAAGGCUUGAUAGACUACUAAACAUAUCCCUGUCUUUACGAUAACACCAACAUGAUUGUCCCCUAUAUAGAGAAUUCAUCUCCUCAAAAAAUUCAUAUGUAUAUUUUGGACUUAACAGGACUUACAACAAUUAAAAGCAUUUUAUUAACUCUCACAGCUUCUACCUCUCUAUAAUAAAUAUCUGUGACUUCAGAUUCAGCAAAAAAUAUCUAUUUAUGUGGAGCUAGGAGUUAAAUUCUAUUUGUCAAACUCAGUUCUGAUCUUACAACAGUCCUUUACGAAAUGUGGAGGUCAGAUUUCUCAUCAACAUUAAGCACAAUUUGGGCUGUCACAGCUUCAGACAUCGCAUUCUUUAGUUUAACGGGAGUCUACUAAGCUGGAGAGCAAAUUUCAACCAUCAUUUUCAAAGGAACGGACAAAGACUAUAAUUGUUUUGAUAUCCCAACAGUAUUUUCAAACGACACAACAUAUUAUCCAACUCUAACAGUUUUGGAUACAGCUACAGUAAUUGAUUCAGUUGUAGAUUCACCAGUUGAUGCUUUAUUACCUGAUGAUAACUUGCCUGUAAUAAUGGAUGCCAAUGUCAGGCUAUACACAACAAGUUACUCAAGCACUCAAACUGAAAGAUAUGAUAUCGGUGAUGGAAGAUUGAGUAAUAAAUUUAAAACUUUUCCUUACUAAAACGUCAAGUGUGCCAUGAUAUCUGCUUAUAGGACUUAUAAUGGCCCAAGUAUCCAUGAAAUAAAGAGACAGGCAUCAUCCCCUUAUGUUAUCUAACUCAAUACGACUAUUCCUCAAUGCUAAUCAAGACCAGUUGGAAUCGCAGUUUUAGCACCUUAGUCAGAUACUAAUGCAUACAAGUAGUCUUUUGUUACUUACGACUCUGUUUUAAGCAAGAUAAGUUUUUCUUUAUCUACAAGCAUGCUUCCUUAGUAAUUUUAUCUGAAAAUUAGGUUUCAUGAUUUGGAAACUGGCACAACUUCCUAUUAUCAUGAUCACUCAAUUAUGAUUAGGAUAGUUGAUUCAGCUAAUCUAACCCUAAGCAAGUCAAAUUUUGACUACUGCUGGCAGAAUCCUUUCCCUAUGAGUUUUGGUUCUUCAUAUUACAGUUAUUCAAUGUAUGGAGGUGGAUUCUAUGCAAAUAGCACUGAUAAUAACAUGAUUAUGGUAGGGAAUGUAAAUACAGUCCAUAGUGCAUUUUCAAAUGAAGACACCUAUGAUGCAUAUGUGAUGAGACUAUCUGAGACUGGAUGGGUAGAAUGGUUAGAUUAGAUUUCAAACGGUAGGGGUCUCAAUGAUAAAACAACAAGUGUCACAAUGCAAAAUGGAUAUGUUUACACUUUUCUAACUACUCCGUCAAAUUCCUAUAAUGAUAUUUACUAUGCGAUCAUAAAAUUGACAUAUUUAGAAGGAAAAGUUGAAUGGGCUAGACAAUUCAUCAUUGUAAAUCCUCUUGACACAAAUAAUUUCUAUUUACUCACAGCCAAUGAUAUGGUUGCAAAUCCAAGAAACAAAACUUAGCUAAUGCUAUCGGUCCUUUUUGCUUGGAAUAACAAUGCUGGAACAUUUGCUGGUAACAUUAUGGUAAAUGAUAAUGUUACUCAUCUUGCUACAGAUUUCUAUUAAGUUAUAAAACCCCUUGCAAACUUAAAUACAGUCUCUGCUUUAGGUUAAAUGCUCUUUGAUCCUGAUACAAAUUCUGUCUAUGCAGCUCAUCUUAGUUAUCCAGUAAGUUCAAGCAUUCAAGACAAUAUCAUUAUCAAACAGAGUACAGUAGAUGGAACUGUAGAAUGGACUAGAUCGUAUUAAUUUGGUAGUAAUGCUCCAAGUGUCUCCUAUAUUCUCCCAACUUUAGCUUUCAAUAAUGUGACAAAAAAUUUAUAUGUAGCUUCAACUAAUGGUUAUGCGAAUUUGAUGAGAUUUGACACUAGUGGAGAUUUAAAGAAAAGAGGGACAGUUAGAUUAAGCAAUUAAUACAUCUAAAAUCUCUAAAUAGCCAUUGAUGAAUCUCUAAACCAAAUAAUAGUAGUGACUUAUAAUAAUUACAAUCAAAGGAUAGAAAUCAUGACUUUGGAUGAAAAUUUCAACUCAAUAUCUUAGACUUAUUUGGGGCAUUCAUAAAUGAGUGCUUAUUAUGGCAGAAUGAUUUAUCAGAUUGGCAAUUGGUACUAUAUCAUGCAUGAUUCUUCUAGAUUUGGAACAUCAUAUUCAGGUUAUAAUGAAGUAACUUUAAGCAGAAAAUCAGUGAAAUAUGAUGAUACAGGGAAAUAUGAAUGCCAUACUUACAGCAUAUUAUACAACUAUUAUACUUAUUCUGACUAUUCUCUUUCUAAUACCUAGCUAGCUGUUGGUGCUCUUGUCAUUUCUAAGGAGGCAUUAAUAGUUUUAGACAAUCCAAACAUAAAAUCUUAUCAGCAAUAGGCAUAUUAAAGUACUAAACUUUUAGCGAAUCCAGAUUAUUCUGAUGGUAUUUCCAACGUGCUAAAUAUACCAGGAAGUAAUUCUUACUCUUGUGCUUAGUUCACUGGCAAUACCAAUUAUAUGGGUCCUGGUAUUAUGGAAUUAGAUCCAAUUGAAGUUACAAUGGGAAGUACUGCAUCUUAUACCUUACAGAGCAGUUCCUUUAAGCAAUGCCAUGGCUAAUAUAUAUCAUUUGGUAGCUAUAAUCUCUACGACGAAGCUAUAAACAACACCAGAAAUGCAUACAACACUUUCAUUUCUAUUUCUGGUUCAUAGGUAACUGUUACUACCACAUCUGCUUCGGCUUAUCCAGGUUUUAGGUAUUUAGUAAUUACAAGUGCUUGCGCUGCCAGUGGAUAUUAAUGCUAAUCAAAUCUUGUACUGCCUUUAAUUAUAUGGCCCGCUUCCUUUACUCCAAUCCCUAAAGCUGUACCAACUAAAAUUUGCUUAGCAAAGAAUUCAUUCCCUAAAGUAUUAUAAGCAAGUGCUUACGCUUUCUAAUUUAUGAGUUAAGCAGAUGUUGACAAGGAUAAUGGUAAUUUUUUGAUGUGCGGAUAAUCAGGAAUCAUUUAAAAUAUCAACUAUGGUUAUAACACUCCAGGAUACAUUUUGAUGUCUGAUAUUAAUGGAAGAAUUUACUGGGCUUAUCAAAAUGUUCAUGUUUACUAAUACAAUGCCACACAUUAUAUUGGAUGUAAAAUAAUGAAUGAUAAGUCCUCGAUUAUAAGUAUUAUUUUUAUUGCAGAUUUAAAACUUGCAGUAGUAAAAUAAGACUAUUAAACCGGAAAACUAAUAUACAUGAGGGCUCUAAUUGGAUAAUAUUAUAGCUACAUCUAUUCAUUCUUUGACAGAUAGGAAAAGGCUGUAUAUGUUAGUGGUAACAGAUAAGAUCAAGUGUAUCCGUAUGAUUAUCGUUGGACGCUUAACCUUGUCAAAAUAGAUUGUUCUAUGGGUAAUCCAACAUAAAAAUGGUAUAGCUACUUAUAAUACAGCUACUCCUCUUCAUCAUAUCAAUAUUUUGAUGCUGUAUUUUCAAAAACGAAGGAUUAUUUUUAUGCAGUGGGUGGAGCUUACUUGUAUCCAGAUUACUAGCAGAUAGGUAAGUAUUCUAAAUCAACAGGAAAGAGAAUAAAAUUAGUUCAUUUUACCCCUUACACCGUCACUUAAACAAUUUUUAUGGAUGAAAAUGAUUAUGUAUACUGGUCAUCAGCAACAUCUAUGGGAUACUACAGUAAAUUAUUAAGGAAGCUCGAUGAAAAUCUAAAUCAAGUUGCAGCAGUUGAGCUAAGGAUAGAUUCAGCCUAUGUUUAUUCGCUUCCUUUAAUUAAUUCCAUGGAUAGUGAUGACACAUAUUUCUAUGAGAUGUUUGCAUUUAAUUGUUACAACUUGUACUGGGCGAAGUAUAAAAGAUCUGAUUUGCAAGUUGUAUCCCUGAAGAUGAAUUUCUAAGUCUUUGUUCUAGAAGAUAAGAUCUUAUCAUUUAUGUCAACUUAUGGAUAUUACUCUACUGGGAGUUGGGAAUCAGCAGUUGAUUCUAUGAACAAGGACUUAAAAAAUCCUUACUCUUGCAUCAAGUUCAACGAUAUGAUCAUCAAUCAAACUAACCCUUCACUUUCAUCAGUAGCCCCUUAUGACUUUAACAGCUCAUUUACCUAGACACUCUACUAAUUUGAUUACAGACUACAGCCAUUCUUAAAAUAAUAUUUGGAAUAUUAACCAAUGGGUGAAAGAUAUAGUUUUUCUGGAGCAAAGUAAAUUGGAUGUCCUUAUAUGGGUCCAAUUUUUGACAAAGAUUUGGAGGAUUAGAUUAUUGUUCUACCAAAGUCUAAUCAUUAGUAUACAUUUGAUUGGCCAUUAGAUUGUUCAGGAUAAGAUUUAAAUUUUACUUGGUCAGUAGAUGCAUAUUGGACAAUCCCAACUUUCAUGACGAUGACAAACACUACUUCAUCUUCAACUCUGACUAUAAAUCCAAAAGCGGAAAAUGCUGGCACAUAUGUUGUGAGGGUCAGAUUUUUUAUCAAAUAGAACAUAUUCCAUAUGUCCGAAAGAACAUUUGUUGUUGAGAUAUAUCCUGAGACUAAUUAUGGUUCAGAUUUGCCUAAUAUGGCUUGUAGUUAACCAGUGGUACCUAUCUUUUUUUCUAAAGAUUUAUCAUUCCAAUAACUAUAUGCAGAUGUUGAUGAGUAUGAUGAAUCAGUUUUACUAUGUGGCACUACCAAAACUGUCAAUGUUAGGAAUACUUCAUUUUAAGCUGCUUAUGUUUCUGUUUACAAUUCAAAUUUAGCUCCUAAGUUCUUUAUCACGAUAGAAGGAGAGUGGGGGCCGUAUUUAGCUACAUACCAUUGCUAAUUUGCUUAUUAAUAUGGAAAAUAUAUUGAUGGCAGAUAUUUCUUUUCUCCUUAUUAUGCUUUUAGAAUGUUUCGAGCUUUUGUGGAUUCAAAUACUGGAGAUUAAUAUAUAACUGGGUAUAAUGAUUAUCCAGUUUAUUCCCUAUUUCAAUACACUCAAGCUUUUGUGAUGAAAAUUGAUAAAGACUAUAAUAUUAUAUCUAACAUUUAAAUUCGUUCAGGAAUUUCUGGUUACGAUUAUGGUAUUCAUUCCUUUUUAGUAGACUUAUCUUCUAAUUCAUACUACUUGUUGACAUCAAUGUACUAUUAUACAACUUCUUACUACUAUCAUUUUGGUGUAUCUAAGUUAAGUUCUAUUGAUGGUUCUACAAGUUGGGCAAAAUAAAUGAGAGACCCAGCUAAAGGAGAAACAGUAGUUAGAGAUGGUUAUGGUUCUAGAGAUAUUUCAGCUGGAUUACUCCUUCUUUAAAAUUUGUUAGGAUAUGAUGUUUAAAUCACACGCCAUAGUAUUACAACUGGCAGCAAAGUCCAUAGAUCAGAAAUAGGAGACGGCUCUUCUAUGUCAAUGUGGAAAUCUAGAGACAAUGUGGCUAUGAUAGCUUCACAUACAAGAAGCUUGUUCUCUAGCUUCGUCCUUGUUAGAGCUGCCAAAUUAGCAAAAUGCACAAAUAUUUCGAAAUAGUUAAUGAAGGUCUUAUGGUAAUGGAUUGAAAAAUAACCAGAAAAACUACUAGCCGAUACGACAUUGGUAGAUAAGUGGGAGUCCUUAAAAAACUAAGUUAAAAAGCAUAGCAAAUUGCUUAAGCCCUAAUGUAAUACUAAUCUAUGA